AUGGACGCCCACCUCCUCCCUCUGCCAUGGAAGUCUCUGCAGAUUGCACAGUGCACUUACUUAUGUAAAGUCCAUUUCACGGACUCUGCGUACUGCUUGCUGCUGUCCGACCUCAGCGGUGUCUGGUGCGAGGAGGUGGGAGCGGAUGUCAUACAGGAAAGGUCAAAGGAGCUGAACAAAAGGCUGAAGGCUCCAAUCUCUUCUUUCCUUUCCCACUUGUCUCGGCUCCUCCUUCCAUUGCUGGAUUCCAGGGACGAUGGACAUGACAGGUUCUCCUUUCAGCGGGCAGAGAACACACUGAUGCUGCAAGUGAAGAGUCAGCUGUCUGGCCUUCCUUUUUACUGGGAGUUCCACUGUAAGGAGGCCAGUGUCAGCACGGUGUGUCGACAUUUAGUCCAGCCUCUGGUGCGUAUGACGAAGGCUCUAGACUGUCAGAGCCAGGAGCUGUGCACUAUACUGCUCAGGAAAGAUGCCGAAAUUCAGGAUUACCAGGAGAGCGGGGCUGUGCUCACUCGAGGCCGCUUGAAAACAGAAUCUUUUGAUGAGGGAUCAUUCCAAGAAUCUUUCCUGGCAGAGGUAAGAGACUACGGCAUGGCAGUGGUUAUUCCUCCAGUUUUACCCUAG